CCAACAACGGGCUCCAGCCCCAGCAUCAAUGUCUUUUCGCAACAUAGUCAUGGCCAGCAAGAUUCUGGAGCACGUACCUACCUAGAUGGCCCGCUUCCGCGUCUGCCACCGUCAAACGCUUUUGCUCAACACAACGGCUAUCAUCAAAACAGCGAGCCACGGCGUGGCUACCCUCAAACACCGUCAUGGGCCCUUCCCUCAACCCGGAUCCCAGCAGAAUCUCUACGAACAGCGUGCCCGCAGCGAGCGCUUGCACUAUGCUCAUCCUUGGGGGGGCCACUCUGAUUCUGCGGUGAGCCCUCGGGGCGGCGAUGGGGGCAAGAACAAGAGACGUGGCAAUCUUCCCAAGGAGGUUACGGAGAAGCUGUACGCUUGGCUGUACGGCCAUCUAAACCACCCCUAUCCGACCGAAGAUGAGAAGCAAAAAAUGAUGAGAGAAACAAACAUGCAGAUGAGUAAGAUAAUCCGACAGCGUCUCCUUCAUCAAAUCUCGAACUGGUUCAUCAACGCCCGUCGCCGCAAAGUCCCCCUCCUCAUCGAACAGGCGAAGGCCGAAACCGAGGCCGCGAAGCAUUAUCGUCCCAACUCGUCACCCAUCGCCCGCCGAACUCGACCGGUUUCGGUUUCCCACACGAGACACUACAGCCGCUCGGGUCCGGGCCGUGGCGUGCCCAGUCGCCGCAGCGUCAGUGUCGAGCCCUCAAUCAACCACCUUCUCAAUUGCCCGGAAUCUGACGCGGAUGUCCGACCACCGCAAUAUGCCACCCCCAUGAGCGACAGAGGCGUCCUUGAUUACAGCAGCCGGGAGAGCUCCGAGUCUUAUGAAAUGGAUUCUCGUUACCAAAGCUAUGGGCAUGGACAUGGCCAUGGGCACCACGCCAGCAUUUAAACCUCUCGGGGCCGUCACAGCCAUUUUCCUCCCCAACCGCUUAAUAUCUUUUCU